GUGCUGUGUUUGAUCAACAGGAGACAACAGCAAAGUCCAGACGGUCACACACACACACACUCACACACAGCAAACAGCCCACAUUCACACAGACACGACGAGAACAAGCUCAGGAUGUGGUUCCUCUGUCUAGCGGUGAGCUCCGGUCUGCUGCUGCUGGUCAGGCCGGCCGUGGCCGGGAUCAAACCGCUCGACUCGCACUUCUCCGAGGUGGUGACCGCGGCCCCAGUGGACCCCCGCGGAGCUUUUCCCGGCGGCACCCUGGACGUGGAUGCCCUCCCACCGGACUUCCACAACGAGAACACAGUGACCAACGACCUGGAUUAUGAGGACUACAUCGACUUCGACAAGAUCCUGGCCAUGGGAGAGGAUGACUACAACGAGGGCGACGAGAUCGAUGACCUCCCGACCUCAGCACCCGACCUGGACCUGGAGCAGCCGUCCGACCCGAAGGUGCGGCGUGCCCGCCUGCUGCGGCUCUUUCACGGCCGCUCGCGGCUGCAACGCGUCAACGUCGUCAACGCGCAGUUCGGCUUCCGCCUCUACCGCAGCAUGCGUAACCACGUCAACCAGACCGACAACAUCCUGUUUGCGCCCGCUGGCAUCUCCAUCGCCAUGGGGAUGAUGGCGCUGGGCGUGGGCCAGCGCACACAGGUGCAGCUCUACGAGGCGCUGGGCUUCACCGAGUUCGUCAACGCCAGCGUGCACUACAACAACGCCACUGUGCACAAGCUCUGCAAGCUCACACACCGACUCUUCCGGCGCAACUUUGGCUACACGCUCCGUGUCAACGACCUCUACGUGCGCCAGGCCGUGAGUGUCAACGAAGCGUUCCGAGCCAACGUCAAGGCUUACUACUUCGCCGAGACGCAGUCAGUGGACUUCGCGGACCCUGCGUUCCUGAAGAAGGCCAACAACCGCAUCCAGAAACUGACCAAGGGGCUGAUCAAGGAGCCCCUGAAGAGCGUCGACCCCAACAUGGUGCUGAUGCUCCUCAACUACCUUUACUUCAAAGGCACGUGGGAGUUGAAGUUCCCUAAGGAGCAGACGCACUACCGUAACUUCCGCGUGACCGAGAAGCAGCAGGUGCGAGUGGCCAUGAUGCAGAACAAGGGCAGCUACCAGGCGGCGAGCGACAACGAGAUGCAGUGUGACGUGCUGCUGCUGCCCUACGCGGGCAACAUCAGCAUGCUGGUGGUCAUCCCCCAGAAGCUCUCGGGCAUGAGGAACCUGGAGCAGGAGAUCUCCCCCACGCUGGUCAACAAGUGGCUCAGCAACAUGACCAACAGAACCCGAGAGGUGGUGUUCCCCCGCUUCAACCUGAAGCAGAACUAUGACCUGAUCGCCCACCUGAAGGAGAUGGGACUCACUGAUCUGUUCGACGAAGGGGAUUUCAGCCCGAUGACCUCAGAGAAGAUCGCCAUCAACUGGUUCCAGCACCAGGGGACGAUCACAGUGAAUGAGGAGGGCACGGAGGCUGCCGCUCUGACCCAGGUGGGCUUCAUGCCCCUCUCCACACAGACCCGCUUCAUCGUGGACAGACCCUUCCUCUUCCUCAUCUACGAGCACCGCACGGACUGCGUGGUCUUCAUGGGACGUGUGGUCAACCCCACACAGAACUAAAGCACACACACACACA